AUGGUGACACUAGUGGUAGGUGCUGAGUGCUAUGACAUAAUGGCCAUGGUGGGGAAGGGGACCUUUGGACAGGUGAUCCAGGGGCAGUGCAGGAGCACUGGGGAGAUGGUGGCCAUCAAGAUCCUGAAGAACUGUGAUCACAAUGGCCAAAUAGUGAAGAAUGAACUGAGGCUGCUGCAGGCCUUGCGGGAGGGGGACACGAAGGACUCUCACAUCAUCCAUUUCCUCGAGUCCUUCAGUGACACGGUCUGGACCUACCUGAUCUUCGAGCUGCUGCAGCAAAACCUCUUUGACUUCCAAAAGCAGAACAACUUCUCACCACUGCCAGUCCGACACAUCCGUACCAUCACAGCACAGGUGCUGGUGGCACUGGUCAAGCUGAAGGAGCUUUCUAUCAUCCAUGCUGACCUUAAGCCAGAGAACAUCAUGCUGGUGGACCAUGCACGCUAUCCAUUUCGCAUCAAGCUUGUUGACUUUGGCUCGGCUAUCCUCCUCCCUGAGGUCUGCCGUGUCCAGGAGCCCUACAUCCAAACCCGCUUCUACCGGGCACCGGAGAUCUUGCUGGGUUUACCCUUCUGUGAGAAGGUGGACAUCUGGUCUUUGGGCUGUGUGAUGGCCGAGCUUCACUUGGGUUGGCCGCUCUACCCUGGCAGUGAUGAAUAUGAGCAGGUGUGCUACAUCUGCUCCACCUUGGGGCUACCCCGGGGUGAGCUGCUCUGCGCUGCCCAGAAGACACGGUCCUUCUUCCAGCGUGUGCCAUGUUCCACUGGUACCUGGCAGCUCAAACCACCAGGGAAGGUGAUGGCAAAGCCCAUGGAGAGGAGGGAACAUAUCUUUUCCUCACUGGAUCAGUUGGCGGUGGUAAAUGUCUGCCAGAUGCCUGAUCCUGACCAGGAGGAGCUGGCCAAGCGCUGUGAUCUGUACAGGAUGGUGGAGCUGGUCAAGAGGAUGCUCACUUGGGACUCACGUGAGCGAAUCACACCCAGUGCUGCCCUUCAUCAUCCUUUCAUCUCCAUGCAGGAGGUGAAGGCCAGCUUUGAGGCCACCCGGUACUACCAGCUCAGUCAGGAAGACUUGAGGGCAUCCUGUAAGGAUUCCAGGAUAGCUGAGAUCUUCCCUAGCACAGAGAAAGGCGCUUUCAUCCCUGCCAGCCAGGGAGGCAUCCAGAAGGCCACUGCCCAGAUGGAUGGGCUGAGUCUGGCUGAGCCAGCUGGGGACACUGCUGACAAGCAUCAGCAGAACAUCUGCCAAGCCCCCAGCCCCACCCACUGUGGAAGCCAGUACUGUCAGCAUCACUGGUGUCCCCAGACGGAGCCCACUGACCGUCACUUGACUGUGCUGGGGUCUGCCAGCAAAAUGAAACGUCUCCUCGUGGCUUUCAGGCCUGUCAUCUUCUGGAACACUUGA